GAGGUGUGUGUGUGCAUGCGUGUCAGUCUCCUCUGUAAACCGGUAGGUGGCGGUAAUGCACCUCAAGCUGUUUGCCAACAACCACAAAACCUGAAAGACGAAGACAACAGAAGGCGCUCCGAACGCCUGCAGCAGAGCCGGACGAGCGCUGUAAACCAUCACAAGGAUUUCAAAGCUUCAUCAGCAUUUAGGUGCGAGUUGUUCUUUCCAGAUGCAGAGAAGAUAAUCUGCGUUGUUCGACACAAUCGGAGCUCUAAAGUAAGCUUUUUGCAAAACACGGCUAAAUACAAUGUGCCACCACUUCAGGGUCAUUCAUCACCUGUGACUGAUUCAUCGUGUGUACUUUACCUGAACCAAACGUAUGUUCCUAUGGAUCUGGACAGCAUGGAUACAGCUGUUCAACUGGUGGUGCUGGUUAAAGAAGAAGCUUUUGAAGAACUGAAUGCUGGGGUGGACCAGCAGGACCCAGAACACUUCCACAUAAAGGAGGAACAAGAGGAACUCUUGACCAGUCUGGAGGGAGAGCAGCUCAAUUUGAUGGAGAUUGAUGAUGCCAGAUUUUCAUUCACUUCAGUUUCUAUUAAGAGUGAGGACGAUGAAGAGAAACCUAUGUUUUCCCAGCUUCAUCAACAGCAAAUAGAAGACAAACAUAUUCCAACCAGCAGCUCAGCUGACCAGAUAAAAGCAGAAACUAGUGAAAGAGUAGAAACUAGAAGGACCCCAGAUUUGAACCCUCAUGAACAGACGGAUUCUUCAGACACUGAAGUUAGUGGAGAUGAAGAGAAUGAUGACGAGGACUCUGAACUGGCAGACUCUGGGCCUGAAACUGGAGAAAGAGAUGAUGACUGGAAUGAAAGCAGAUCUUCUAAGACAGAUGUAAAGUGGUCCCUCCAGAAACAUGUCAGAGUAACCAAUCAUUCAGCAAUAAGAUCUUCAGGCUGUUUAAUUAAUAAUAAAUUAGUUAAAGUAACACAACGUGUAGAUUCGUGCAGGAAAGGCCGGAUAAAACUAAAAUCAUAUAUUUGUGAUGACUGCGGAAAAGUAUUUAGAGAUAAAUCAACUUUAAUCGCACACAUAAGAGUCCACACAGGACAGAAGCCUUUUGCUUGUGAGCUCUGUGAACAAAGAUUUAGGCAAAAGUCAACUUUAACCAUUCACAUGAGGGUCCACACAGGACAGAAGCCUUUUGCCUGUGAGCUUUGUGAACAAAGAUUUAGCCAUAAGACAAGUUUAAAUAAUCAUAUGAGAAUCCACACAGGUGAGAAACCUUUUGCUUGUAAGAUCUGUGGACAAAAAUUUGCCCAAAAGACAAGUUUUAACGGUCACAUGACAGUCCACACAGGACAGAAGCCUUUUGUUUGUGAGCUCUGUGGACAAAGCUUUAGCCAAAAAGCAACAUUAAAUAGACACAUGAUAGUCCACUCAGGAGAGAAGCCCUUUGAUUGUGAACUCUGUGGACAAAAAUUUAGCCGAAAGGCGAGUUUAAAAAAUCACAUGAGUGUUCACACGGGACAGAAGCCUUUUGCUUGUAAGCACUGUGGACGAAGUUUUAGACGGAAGACCCAUUUAAACAGUCACAUGAGACUCCACACAGGACAGAAACCUUUUGUUUGUAACUUCUGUGGUCAAAGAUUUCGACAAAACACAGGUUUAACCUGUCACAUGACAGUCCACACAGGACAGAAGCCUUUUGCUUGUGAGCUCUGUGGACAAAGAUUUGCCCGAAAUACACAUUUAAACAACCACAUGAGAGUCCAUAUAAGGAACAAAGAACUAAUUUAACUACAAAUGUACCAAAAGGCACCCUCGUAGUUUUUACAUCCUAGAUGUCAGUUUUGUACCCCUUGUGGCAACCCUUCAUUCAUAUCAUUACAUGAUGAUGAGCUGCUGUUCUUAAGUUUCACUUUUUGGGAGUUGCAACAGAGAGGUUUGCAUGGCAUAUAUGUAUAUAUAUAUAUAUAUAUA